CUCGUUUCUUAUUCUAAACAAACAUUCUGGUAACACUCACUGAUCUUCAUCAAACACCCCACGAGCUUCUUCCAACAUUUUCAAUCCCCUUCUCUUUUAACCUUAUCGCUCUACACCAAAAUCUCUCCACUCUUCAAUUAUUUCUUUCUCUCUCUUUCUCAUAUACAUUUUCACAAACACAUGCUACCCUUUACUUUGCUGUAGCUCAAAUCUAAUUAAACCCAACCAGAAGCAAACUUCAAGCUCAACCAUGGCCCUCGAAACGCUCCUCGUCAAGGUCAAAACCGCCAUAUCAAGCAGCUUCGAUUCCGUCCCUCCGAAGCUUCUCAAGAAGAAACCCUCAUUCAAGUCCAAACAAAACGUCGGCGUUUUGGCCUUCGAGAUCGCCGGCGUCAUGUCCAAGCUCCUCCACCUGUGGCAGUCCCUCUCCGACGCCACCAUCGUUCGCAUCCGAAACGACGCCGUUAAUCUCGAGGGCGUGAGGAAGAUCAUCUCCAACGACGAGUCCUUCCUCCUCGGACUCGCCUGCGCCGAGUUCGCCGAGUCACUCCGGCUCGUCGCCAACUCGGUCACCCGACUCAGCGCGCGCUGCGAGGACGCCAACUUGCGCUCCUUCCAGCGGGCCUUUCUCGAGUUCGCCGACUUGGGCCGUGACCCAAAUGGGUGGGCCCUCUCGGGCCCAAAAGAAACCGAAGCGAAGCUGAAAAAAGUGGAGCGUUACGUGACGGUCACGGCAACUUUAUACCGCGCGAUGGAGGAACUUUCGGUUUUGGAAAACGGGUUCAGGAAAGCGUUGAAUCAUAGCAAUAACGGUGACGAUAACGACGUUUCUUUCGUUGGGAAGGAUCAGCAGAAACUUUACGAACUUCAGCAGAAGAUUUUUUGGCAGAAACAAGAAGUGAAGGAUCUAAAAGAUAGAUCCUUAUGGGGUAGAAGUUUUGACCGCGUCGUAAUAUUGCUCGUAAGGUUCAGUUUCACUGUUUUAGCGAGAAUUAAGGUUGUCUUUGGAAUUGGGCACUGUGUGCCUAGUUUGUCUCGUACGUUGUCAGGUUCAGCCACUGUUUACCCCUCUGAUCAAAACCCUAAAUGUGGGUCGAUGGAAAGUUGGAAGCUUGAUGAAGAGGAGGGUGAUUUGGGAAGUGGGUUUUUUGAGUCAAACUCGAAGCUCUUGAGGACACCUCCUAGUACUUUGGGAGCUGCUGCUUUGGCUUUGCACUAUGCCAAUUUGAUCAUAGUGAUGGAGAAGAUGAUAAAGUCACCGCAUUUGGUUGGUGUGGAUGCGAGGGAUGAUUUGUAUGGUAUGUUGCCGAGUAGCAUAAGGUGGAGUUUGAGGGCAAGGUUGAAAGGGGUGGGGUUUUGUGCAAGUGAUCCCUUGCUGGCUAGUGAGUGGAGGGAUGCGUUGGGGAGGAUAUUGGGUUGGUUGUCACCUUUGGCACAUAACAUGAUCAAGUGGCAGAGUGAGAGAAGCUUUGAGCACCACAACUUGGUGCCUAAGACCAAUGUCUUGCUCUUGCAGACUUUGUUCUUUGCUAACAAGGACAAGACUGAGGCUGCCAUCACUGAAUUGCUUGUUGGGUUGAACUAUAUUUGGAGGUUUGAGAGGGAAAUGACUGCUAAGGCUUUGUUUGAUCAAUGCGCCAAUUCUAAUCCCUUGUUCAAAUUUCCCAAACCCAGUUAAUGAGAUUCACGAGUUCAUUUUCCUCCCUCCUCCUUCCUACUCUUCCUUCAUAAGGGCUCCAAUUUUGUUUCUUCAAAUUUUAUGGCGGUUCAUUUUACAUAAAUUGAACUAAGUUCAGGUCCUUUAAUUUCUGGGUUCGUUCUCUUUCU